AUGGUUGAGCUUCUGAAGAAGGAGAACAUCAUUCCGGGUAUUAAGGUAGAUAAGGGUCUGGAAGAGAUCCCCUGCACAGAUGGGGAGCAAGCAACAAUGGGUCUUGAUGGAUUGAGCGAGCGCUGCAAGCGCUACUACGAGGCUGGAGCCCGCUUCGCAAAGUGGAGAGCUGUGCUUCAGAUCGAUGAAGCGAAGGGCAAGCCUUCCGAGCAAUCUAUUUCUGAAGUUGCCUAUGGUCUCGCACGUUAUGCUGCUAUCUGCCAGAAGAACAAGCUGGUUCCCAUUGUAGAACCUGAGAUCUUGACAGACGGAUCUCAUGAUAUCCGCCACUGCGCUGCUGUUACAGAGCGCGUCUUGUCUCACGUAUUCAGAGAGCUGCAGAAACAGAAGGUGCUGCUAGAAGGUGCUCUGUUGAAGCCUAACAUGGUUACUCCUGGUGCUCAGGGCCCUAAGGCCACUCCUCAAGAGAUUGCUCUCUUCACCGUCCGUGCUCUUUCUCGCACUGUCCCUCCUGCUCUACCUGGAGUAAUGUUCCUCUCUGGAGGCCAGUCUGAAGAAGAAGCUUCUCUUAACUUAGAUGCAAUGAACCGUAUGGGACCCCACCCAUGGAAGCUUUCCUUCUCUUAUGGAAGAGCUCUUCAGGCCUCUUGCUUAAAGCGCUGGUCUGGAAAGAGUGAGAACAAGCAGGCAGCUCAAGAGACACUCCUUCAGAGGGCUAAGGCAAACAGCGAUGCUCAGCUCGGCAAGUAUGCAGGAGGUGCUGGAGGAGCAGAGGCUGCCGCUUCUCUCUAUGAAAAGAAAUACAUCUACUAA